GCCGCCAUUGAAACCGCGCAGCAUUGCAUUUUGGGAUACCUUCCUCCAUCAUGGCGGAUUAGGUAGUCGGCUAACAUUAACGGUUAGCAUAUUCAUCGAUUGUUUGGUUUCCCACAUUGAAGGGGUGCAGCUAUCUGGCAUUUUCUACACAGGUACUGCAUCCACCGAAUAUAAACUGGUGUUGAGUGACGGUGCAGCACGCCAGUGUCAUUAAGAGGGCAUUUUACAAAAUCAGGGACAACCGCACAAUGGAAUGUGCAUUGGACAUCCCCUCAGGUGAUGAUGAGGCACCUGAGAAAGAUGAAAUGAAUGCCAAAGAAGGGAAUGAGCCACCCCACAAGAAAAACAAGAAGCACAGAAAACACAAGAGCAAGAAGAAGAAGAGGAAGAAGAAGGGGGAAAAGGAAAGCAGUUCAGAAUCCGGUGCGGAGUCGGAUGCAGAGCCUCCGCCGCCGCCGAGGGCUGUCAGGACCACCAGAGCCAGUGCCAGACUGGCAGCAGCUACAGGAGCUGGAGACCCAGCUGGGCUAAAGGAGGAGUGCAGAAGGGAUGUAAUUACAGCAUCACUUCUCCUCUCAGAUCGUGCAGACACGGAGGGAGAUGCAAAAUCCAAAAAACACAAAAGACACGCUGCCAAGAAGAAGAAGAAGAAGAGGAAGAAAGAAGAAAAGCAGGAGAAGAAAUCCCCAUCUCGCUCCCCAUCUGAAAGCAGCUCCGCUUCAGGCUCUGAGUCUGAAGGUGAAGUAGGGAAAGGGGCUGCUGAUGGCAAAUACUCUCCUGCUGCAGCAUCUGAACUGCAAGACCCAGUGUCCAAACUGGUUUCAAAAAGCAAACGAGGGGAGAAACCUGAACUGCUUGGAGUGAAGAAAGAGGAGAUAUCAGAUAUGGAUGUGUCCCCAUCUGGAGGGAAGGGCAGUAACGCCAAUCGAUCAGAAAAAGAUAUGAGGUCCCCCUCUGCAGGCCAGGAUGAGAUAACGCAGACAGUGACAGUUAAUGUUAAGACAGAGGGUAGUCAUGCUGAUGGUACAUUCAGCCAUGCCCAGGAACUCCCUGACAUCAUCCCUAAACAGGAAGGUGCUACCGCAAGAGAUGACCCAGGCCUGAAAGAUCAGGCAAAUUCAGUUCAGAGGGCAAAGGACAGGGAGCGCGAUUCAUCCAGGUCCAGGUCUCCUUCCCCUCCCAGGGGCAUAGACAUUAAGAGGUCUGGGUCAAGUCAUAGUCGUUCCCCAACAUCUAGUCCUAGCAGGCAGCACUCUGAUGGGCAAACAGCGGCAGCAAAGAAAGAACGGUCAAGAACCCAUUCCAGGUCAACCUCUAAGGGAAAACGGUCUACAACUCCUUUAAAGAGUCGACAACUGUCCCGCUCUCUGUCCCGCUCUCAGUCCCCUAAAUCUAGAAGGAAGUCUCUCACCCCGUCUCCCAAGAGAGCCAUCUGUCAGUCCCGGUCCACCUCUCGCUCCCUCACCCCAAAGAAGAAAUCAAAGUCUCCAAGGAAGUCGAAGUCUCCUAAACGUCGGAGGAGUUCAUUGUCUGUUUCGCCAAAGCGACGCAGAAGUUCCCGCUCUCCUAAAAGAAAGGUGUCACGAUCCCCUAAACGUGGUGGGCGCAGGUCUCCCUCUCUCUCUCGGUCUCCAAGGAGAAGUCGAAGGUCAGAGUCACGUCCCCGUGGAGGCACAAUCCACUCCAGGGCCCGAUCACCUAGACGAGGUGGUGCAGUUGGCAGGCGUUCAAGGUCACGUUCCAUCACUAGAAACCGCCGCUCCAUCUCUAAAUCAAGACGCCCUCUUCGUCGCUCCAGGUCGCGGUCACCGGCAAGACGUGCAGGAGGUAGGCGCUCCAGGAGUCGAUCUUUGUCUAAACGUAGGAGGUCACCACCCCCCAGAUCCCGCCGCUCACGCUCCCGGUCAACCCGCCGGGGCAGGCGAACUCGGUCACGAUCCGUUGUAGUCCUCAAGCGCAACCGGCGCUCCAGGUCUAAAAGUCCCCACAAACGGACCAGAUCUAAAACUCCUUCCUCUCGACGGCGCUCCCGUUCCCCCGCCAGGAGAAAUCGUUCUCCACCGAGGUCUGGCAAACGCUCCAAAUCUCGCUCGUUGUCUCAAAGGCAUCGGUCAAAGUCACACUCACCGCUACCUGUCAAGAGGAAGUCCAAAUCUCCUAGGAAGAGUGGAAGAAGGUCAAAGUCUAAAUCCGUCUCUGUGGGCUUGAACAGAUCCAAGUCCAGGUCUGAGUCAAGUGAUGGGCAGUCUGACAACUCCUCCCCAGCCAGAUCCACAUCUUCUUCUCCUGUUAAACCGAUAAAGUCUUCCUCUCCUGAAGCAGAGCAGACAGCUGGAGAAAGUGGAGGAUUUAAAGCUACAGCAGGUGCCUGGAAACCCAUGCCCUCAUCAGAUGCCAGUUCCUCAGAUACAUUGCAGGAGCAGCCUCCGACGCUUUCUCCCAACCAUGACAAGGAACAGAGGGCGCGUGCCAGCUCAUCCAAUGAACGAGAUGUUUCCAGGUCCAGGUCUGGUUCUAGAGAGCCCAGCACUGGCCCAGAUGGGUCAGAUUGUUCAGCAGGCUCAGAUGAAGAAGAGGUGUCUUCCUCCCCAGUUAAAACGGCUUCUAAACACCAGAAAAGCUCAACUUCACCUCGACGAUCGACAUCCAAGUCUACAUCUCGAAGGAAGCAGUCUAGGUCCAAGUCUCCUGUGAGGAAAAGAGAAUCUGUCUCUCCAUCAGAAAGGAAGAAACGACGGUCUAAGUCUCGGAGUCCUGCCUGGCGACGGAGGUCGCGCUCUCCCGCGCGGCGUAAACGCUCCCGCUCCAAGUCACGAACCAGAAUCCGGCGGUCCAAGUCCCGCUCUCCAGCCCGAAAAAGACGAUCCCGCUCACCCAAUGCCCGUGGGAGGAGGAGGUCCAAGUCCACAGACAGAAGCAAGCGAUCAAAGAGCCGCUCCACAGGCCGGAGGAAAAGGUCAGGAGACAGAAGUAGGCGAUCAAGGUCUCGUUCUUCUGAUCGCAGACGCAGGUCUAGGUCAAGGGGCCGAGGGAGACGCCCGGUGUUUCGCAGUCGUUCGUUUGAUAGGCGGGACAGGUGGAAAAGGGAACCCAGCCACUCUCCAGUUCUCAUUCUUCGCAAACAGCGACGCUCAGGGUCCCGGACACGACGCAGCACCAGCAAGACUCCCCCACGCCUCACUGACCUGGAUAAGGACCAGUUGCUGGAGAUAGCCAAAGCUAAUGCUGCUGCUAUGUGUGCUAAGGCAGGGGUUCCCAUUCCUGAGAGUCUUCGGCCGAAAGCCAUUCUCCAGCUCCCUCUACCCACUCCAUCUCCUACCCCCCUCUCCUUACCUCUACCGUUACCUCUCCCAAUGGGCAUGGGGAUGCCCAACAUGCCGAAUAUGCCCAACAUGGGUCAAAUGGGGAUGCCCAAUAUUCCAGGAAUGCCCAGCAUGUCAAACAUCACCAUGAGUGCCGCUAUGGCAAGUAUGACAGCAGCUACUAUGACCGCUGCCUUGACCAACAUGGGUGCCCUGGCAGCCAUGCCUCCCCUUGCCCCACUUCCUACCAUCACUAACAAACCUCCCCCAUGUCUCGUCCCACCAACGCCAACCCUUAACCUGGACCACAUCGAGGAAGCAAAGAGGAAGGUCACACAGCAAGCUAACAUUCACACCAUCAAGGAGCUUACUGAGAAGUGUAAGAUGAUUGCAAAUAGCAAGGAGGAGAUGGCUAUUGCUAAACCCCAUGUCUCGGACGAUGAAAGCUAAAAUCGCCAUGCCCUCACGCCACUCCUCAAAAGACUGAAGGAAAAUGUAAAAAAAAAAAAAAAAGCAGGAGGACCUACCUUCCCACAGUUCCCUUUGGCAGCCAGAAGACCUGACUGAGCCUCGUAAACCACCAA